AUGUCGGAGGAACCUCAUCACAAGGUGAAUUUAAACGACGCUAGUGGCAAAGAAGUCGGAAAGGAGAACGAGCUCGCAACAGCCAUUUUGCGCAGCAAGAAACGGGAUAAUGCGUUGAUUGUCGAAGACGCCACGACUGAUGAUAACAGUGUGAUCACCAUGUCCCCAAACACCUUGGAGACCCUACAACUAUUCCGCGGUGACACCGUGCUUGUCAAGGGCAAGAAACGCCAUGAUACUGUUCUAAUUGUCCUCAUUGACGAGGAGCUUGCGGAUGGAAUGGUUCGCAUCAAUCGGGUAGUUCGUAACAACCUCCGCGUUCGCUUGGGCGAUGUGGUUACCGUCUUCCCCUGCCCGGAUAUCAAGUACGCCACCCGGAUCCUGUGUCUUCCCAUUGCUGAUACCGUUGAAGGCUUGACAGGUUCUCUAUUUGAUGUCUUCCUCAAGCCUUACUUUGUUGAAGCCUACCGCCCAGUCCGUAAGGGUGAUCUGUUCACCGUCCGCGGUGGUAUGCGGCAGGUUGAGUUUAAGGUUGUUGAUGUCGAACCUCAAGAGUAUGCCAUUGUUGCUCAGGAUACCAUUAUCCACUGCGAUGGUGAGCCCAUUGAGCGUGAGGACGAGGAGAACAAUCUGAACGAUGUCGGAUACGAAGAUAUUGGUGGCUGCCGCAAGCAAAUGGCUCAGAUCCGUGAGCUUGUGGAGCUUCCUCUCCGUCACCCACAGCUGUUCAAGUCAAUUGGUAUCAAGCCUCCCCGUGGUGUGCUCAUGUAUGGCCCGCCCGGUACCGGUAAGACCCUGAUUGCUCGCGCGGUAGCUAACGAGACGGGAGCAUUCUUCUUCUUGAUCAAUGGCCCUGAAAUCAUGUCCAAGAUGGCUGGUGAGUCUGAAUCUAAUUUGCGCAAGGCCUUCGAGGAGGCCGAGAAGAAUGCACCGGCCAUUAUUUUCAUCGAUGAGAUCGACUCCAUUGCUCCCAAGCGUGACAAGACCAACGGUGAGGUCGAGCGUCGUGUUGUUUCACAGCUUUUGACUCUUAUGGAUGGUAUGCGAUCUCGGGCAAACAUCGUUGUUAUUGCUGCGACCAACCGUCCUAACUCUAUCGACCCGGCUUUGCGUCGCUUCGGUCGUUUCGACCGUGAAGUCGAUAUUGGUAUCCCUGAUCCCACUGGACGUUUGGAGAUUUUGCGCAUCCACACCAAGAAUAUGAAGCUUCAUGGCGACGUGGACCUCGAGCAGCUGGCCGCCGAGACCCACGGUUUCGUUGGUAGCGAUCUUGCUUCGCUGUGCUCCGAGGCUGCUAUGCAGCAGAUCCGCGAGAAGAUGGAGCUCAUUGACUUGGAGGCUGAGAACAUCGAUGCUGAGGUUCUAGAUAGCCUGGGUGUUACCAUGGAGAACUUCCGCUAUGCUCUUGGCGUUUCCAACCCCUCUGCUCUUCGUGAGACUGUGGUUGAGUCUGUCAACGUUAGCUGGGAGGAUGUUGGUGGUCUCGAUGAGAUCAAGCAGGAGCUCAAGGAAACCGUCGAGUACCCUGUUUUGCAUCCCGAAAUGUACACCAAGUUCGGCAUGUCUCCAUCCAAGGGUGUCUUGUUCUUUGGCCCCCCCGGUACUGGUAAGACUCUGCUCGCCAAGGCGGUGGCCACCGAGGUAUCGGCUAAUUUCAUCUCCGUCAAGGGCCCUGAGUUGUUCAGUAUGUGGGUUGGUGAAAGUGAGAGUAACAUUCGUGAUAUCUUCGAUAAAGCCCGCGCGGCAGCGCCGUGUGUUGUGUUCUUCGAUGAGCUCGACUCUAUUGCCAAGGCCCGUGGUAACUCCCUGGGUGACUCUGGUGGAGCAGAUCGUGUCGUUAACCAGCUUCUCACCGAGAUGGACGGCAUGAAUGCCAAGAAGAAUGUUUUUGUUAUCGGAGCUACCAACCGUCCUGAUCAGAUCGACCCUGCCCUUCUGCGCCCCGGCCGUCUCGACCAGCUCAUCUACGUUCCUCUGCCCGACGAAGCUGCUCGUCUGUCCAUUCUGCAGGCACAGCUUCGCAAAACUCCUUUGGAGCCCGGUCUCGAUCUUACCCAGAUUGCUGCCUCCACAAAGGGCUUCUCUGGUGCUGACUUGAGUUACAUCGUCCAGCGUGCCGCCAAGUUCGCCAUCAAGGAUAGCAUUGAGGCCUCGAUUGCUGCAGAACGUGCUGCCGGCGAGAAUGGCGAUGCUGCCAUGGAGCUAGAGGAAGAUGCCGUUCCGUUCAUCACACGCGCCCAUUUCGAGGAGGCUAUGAAGACUGCUGCGAGAUCGGUGUCCGAUUCCGAGCUCCGCCGGUACGAGUCUUAUGCUCAGCAGCUUCAACAGUCUCGCGGUGUUAGCUCUUUCAGCUUCGGAGGCUCCUCUGGUGCCGCCCCCAGCGCAGCCGUUGGCGAUGAUGGUGCAGACGACGACCUGUACGCCUAA